UUUGAAUAGAUCUGUCGUUCCUCACUGUUCUGCACACUGCUUGUGUAAAGCAGAGCUACAGAGAGACAGAGAAAGAAAGAGAGAGAGCGAGAGAAAGAAAUAUAUAUAGAGAGAGGGAGAGUGAGAGAAAAGGACAGACCUCAAGCUUACCUUUCUCAGAAAAGAUGGCCAAGACUGGAACAAUUUCACAUGAAGAGCUGGAGGAGCUGCGGGAGGCCUUCAACAAAGUGGAUCUGGACUCUAACGGCUACAUCAGCACAGAUGAGCUGAACGAGUUGUUUAAAGUGGCCAAUCUUCCUCUGCCGGGAUAUCGAAUUCGUGAGAUCAUCCAGGAGCUCAGCCAAACCAUGGACCAGGACAAGGAUGGCAAGAUCACGUUCGAUGAGUUUGCAAAGGUCUUUAAUGAGCUGAAGAGCUCGGAGGUGGCCAAAACUUUCCGCAAGGCCAUCAACAAGAAGGAGGGGAUUUACUCUGUAGCAGGAACCUCAGAGCAAUCGGGCACACAGCACUCGUACUCGGAGGAGGAGAAGGUGGCUUUUGUAAACUGGAUCAACAAGGCCUUGGAGAAAGAUGCUGACUGCAAACAUGUCCUCCCCAUGGACCCGAGCUCAGAUGACCUGUUCACAGCUGUGGGAGAUGGCAUUGUCCUCUGUAAAAUGAUCAACUUGUCUGUCCCCGACACCAUUGAUGAGAGAACCAUCAAUAAGAAGAAGCUCACACCUUUUACCAUCCAGGAGAAUCUCAACCUGGCUCUGAACUCGUCCUCGGCUAUCGGAUGCCAUGUUGUGAAUAUCGGAGCAGCAGACCUGAAGGAAGGCAGGCAACAUUUGGUUCUCGGUCUUCUGUGGCAGAUCAUCAAAAUCGGUCUGUUAGCCGAUAUUGAGAUCAGCAGGAAUGAAGCCUUGAUUGCUUUGCUGAGGGAUGGUGAGAGUCUAGAGGAUCUGAUGAAGCUUUCCCCUGAAGAGCUGCUUCUGCGAUGGGCCAACUACCACCUUGAGCAGGCUGGCUGCCCAAGGAUUAACAAUUUCAGCUCUGAUAUUAAGGAUUCCAAGGCUUACUACAACAUCCUGAACCAGGUGGCUCCUAAAGGAGAUGAAGAAGGCAUCCCUCCCAUCCCUAUCGACAUGUCAGGACUCAGGGAAAAAGACGACCUGAAGAGAGCAGAGUCCAUGCUGGAGCAGGCAGACCGCCUCGGCUGUCGUCAGUUCGUCACAGCGAAUGAUGUUGUGCGAGGAAAUCCCAAGCUUAACCUGGCCUACGUGGCCAACCUCUUUAACAAAUAUCCUGCUCUGAAGAAGCCCGAGAACCAGGACAUUGACUGGAGCUCCAUCGAGGGUGAAACCAGAGAGGAACGCACUUUCCGUAACUGGAUGAACUCGCUUGGGGUCAAUCCUCGUGUCAACCAUCUCUAUGUGGACCUGGCUGAUGCUCUGGUCAUCUUCCAGCUGUAUGAGAAGAUCAAAGUGCCUGUAGAUUGGGACAAAGUGAACAAACCUCCGUAUCCCAAACUGGGCAGCAACAUGAAGAAGCUGGAGAACUGUAACUAUGCAGUGGAAUUGGGGAAGAAAGAGGCGAAGUUUUCUCUGGUGGGGAUCGCCGGGCAGGACCUGAACGAGGGCAACCGCACGCUCACUCUCGCUCUGCUCUGGCAGCUCAUGAGGAGGUACACUCUGAACAUCCUGGAGGAGCUUGGAGAUGGGCAGAAGGUCACCGAUGACACCAUCGUCCACUGGGUGAAUGACACGCUCAGGCAAGCUGGAAAGAACACCAUCUCAGGUUUCAAGGAUGGAUCCAUAAGCACUAGCUUGCCAGUGCUGGACCUCAUUGAUGCCAUCCAGCCAGGAUCGAUCCGCUACGACUUGGUCAAGACUGAAGAUCUCACUGAUGAAGAAAAACUCAACAACGCCAAGUAUGCCAUCUCCAUGGCCAGGAAGAUCGGCGCUCGGGUUUACGCACUUCCUGAAGACUUAGUAGAAGUCAAGCCCAAAAUGGUGAUGACGGUUUACGCCUGCCUCAUGGCCCGAGGAAUGAAGCGAGUGUAGUGCGAGGAGCUAACCGAGGGAAAGAAGCCUUUCAUCUCUGCUUAGUAUUUUACCAAAGAUUUGUUUUCCAUUUCCUUGCUGUAUUCAGUAUGUUGGAGACAAAAAAAGAAACAAGUGUGAAGCUCGCAGGACUGACUGGACCAACCAGUGUUCUUUUUCUCUCUAAUAUCACCUUUGUCCCAUGCUAACAUUCUUGCCUAGCAUAACAGAAAAAAACAGAGAUGUAUGUAUGUUGAGAAGCAUAAAAUCAUUUCAUGCAUUCCCUCUAGCCAUCACACAGGUGCUGUGUUUGAGGCACAGGACAUUUUGAAAUCAGGAAUAAAUAAAACUGAUAGUUUUCUACUAAAA